CUAUACCAGGCAACAAUUUUUCCAAUGUUGCCUAUCAAGAGAGGACACAUACGUCUUCAUCACAUAGUUACGGCUAUGUAUGUAAAUACCCCCUCCCCCUCCUAUUCGAAAUAACAUCUUCCCUUCCCGAACCAAACAACAUCCAACAGACCACCACCUCCAAAAUGCCACUCCAAGAUAUCCCCGAGAUGAUCCUUCUCUGCCGUGAGAAGAAAUUCAUCACCGCAUUCAACGACGCCCUCCCCAAGUACUGGCCUUCAUACUCCACAACCAACUCAACUACAACAUCCACGCCCCCAAUCCGAAUAACAAUCCUCAACGAAUCCCUCAACACCAUCCCUCAAGGGACGAAAUUCGACCUCAUCGUCUCCCCGGCCAACUCCUACGGCCGGCUGGAUGGCGCCUUUGACGACGCCAUAUCGCGCAAAUUCUGCCUCUCGCAGAAACAACCAUACGAUAUGCUCACACAUGCUGCGCAAAAAGUUCUAUAUGAGAAAUGGAGAGGGUUCGCGCCACCAGGGACGUGCACUUUAGUUCCCUUUCCGGACGAGUUGAAGGGGAAUGAAUUCGGAUGUGCAUGGAUAGGACUGUGUCCGACAAUGAGGUUACCGACUAAUGUCAAGUGGGAUAAGGAGGUUGUUUAUGAAUGUGUUUGGAGCCUGAUGGGGGUGGUGGAGGGGUGGAAUCGAGAUCAUGAUCACAAUCGACGAUCGUCUGGUGGGGAGAAGAUCGAGAGGAUUCUAAUCACGCCUCUAGCGACGGGCGUGGGGAAAGUGAGUCCGGAGAAAUGGGCGGCGCAGUUCGUGUUGGCGAUGAAGCAUUUUGUGGAUGCGCUCGAGAGGCCUGAGAGGUGGAGUAAGUUGGAUUGGGGACAGAUAGGAGAUACGGCAAUGGAGGUGGAGAGGACGUGGAAUUUGUGAGGCUAUUGAGUAACUACUCUUCAGUAAAUUGAUGGG